CUCACGACUCUAACGAGGACGGCCGUGGCUGAGCUCGUCAAAUAUAUUCUCAUGGACGACCUGAUUUUCCGAUGAAGUCGGUAACGACGUACAUCCGCUACAUACUUUCCACACUUUCUUCCCAAGUCAAAGCUCCUCUCCCACUUCGACGUUGCUUUCAAGAACAGCAUCACCUCUCAUCACAUCAUGUCACAUCCCAAGCCUAAAAUCGCGACACCCGCCGCACCAAAUGGACAGUACCAACACUUUGUCCCCCAGUUCCUUCUCAAGAACUUUGCCCACAGGGUCCCCAAAGUGUUCAAAAGACCAAAAGGAACGCCAAAGCCCAAGUAUGAGAAGGGCAUGUAUCCGGGAGAUCUGGUAAUCAACAGCCUCGAUCUAACCCAGGACCCUGCCGUUUUCACCGAGAAACCCAUUUCUAGGAUUUUCGGGCAAAUCAACAUGUACGACGACUUCACGAAGCCCACCGGGGAGCAAAGACGAGUCGAGAAGUUGCUCUCCAAACUGGAGGCCCAGGCAGCACUUAUCUUCACCAAGAUCACAAAGGCAUAUGCAGCGAAAGAGGGCGGAGUUGUUCUCACCCGAGACGAGCGCAACUUGAUUCGCAAGUUUCUCUUCCUUAUGAAGUACCGCAGUCGUGGGUUUUACACCCGUUUCUGCCACGACAGACCAGACGCAUAUUCUGAAGACGACCAGGAACUCUUUCGGAAGUACAUGAACGAACAUCCGCAAUUCAAAACCCCUAUGCAGGUAUGGUUACAUAAUAUCGAAACAAUCAUCAACCUUGACAUGGACACGGAGUCGAAAUGGGUAGAUGAGCUUUGCGAGAAGAUGUAUCAUGGUGAUGCCAUCUGGUUCGUUAGUCAUAUUCAAGAGUUCUACAUGGCUUUGUGCGUACCAUCUGAAGCGGAGAACGAGUUCAUCCUUACCGACAACAGCUACUCGAUAUAUGAAGGGCCGAGCAAAUAUGGCCGAGACGGCACAUCGAACAAGGAAAAAUGCCUUGCCUACCUGGAACUCCAUUUUUUUGCGCCGGUCUCUCCGAAGAUUAUGGUUGUCCUUCGCUCUGUGCUGCUACCUGAGCCACACGAAGACCAAAAUCCUGAAAUUAAAAAGGGCAGGGAUUUCAACCGGUCUUUGUUUCUGGAUCCUUAUGGUUUUUCCAACGGUAUGUUGGCUGAUCUACCUGUACACAAGGCGGGAAACAGUUACAGCACAAUCGUGGAUGGCCGCGUGGUCUUUCAAGAGGGCUAUGACGGACGGAUAACUAAGAACGACAAGUUCCGCUUUCCCUUCUUCCCGAUCGGGAGUCAACAUGUGAACACCAUCAACUCGAUCUUUCUCAUUAAUUGUGUACACUGCAUCGGUCUUGUUUUUAACUCCAAGCAAGCAUUUGCAAGGACACUGGAGUGGUAUUUGACUACCCCUCCUCUUCCGCUGGACAUGAUAUUGGUAGGGGAAGAUGAGGAAGGUCGACUCAAGACACUCAAGAAGCUGGAAGUUGUGUCACGUUCUCUGGGCUCGAAGAAGGCUGCGUUCUGGAUGAUGCCUACGUUAAUCCAGGAUCAUGAAACGAUUCGGCUUCGGCACUUGGGACGACGUUUCUUCAAGACAUUCAUGGAACUACUUGCACUGACAUGGGGCUCAUCGGAAGUUGACGCCGCCUUCGAUGACUACCAACUAUUAGGUGGGUCAUGUGAUACUGUAGAAAAGGACAUCGAUCAAGUAGUAAGGAUGAAAACCCUGAGAAUCAAGAUUGACUCGUGGUCCCUCGGGAUAGACGAAGACAUUCGCCAACGCAAUCGGGAGUUACUUGUCAACGCAUACCUUCGUUUGCCCAGCCACAGUCUGUGGCUCUACAUACAAUCAUGGAGGGAUAUGGUCAUGGAACACGAAGGUAUCAACUUGCUCAGUCUGCAGAUGGGAUGGCCUGGGAAGCCUGAAAGAGCCAUUAUUCACGGUAGGUGAUGGUAUGUCUGUCACACUUCAAGCGUACGCAAUCGUUAAUAGUACGGCAGCCAAGGAUCUGAUCAAACCCGACAGACUGAACCGC